AAAAAGAUUGGUUGUUGUCUAUGCGAGUGGACACUGCACUGCAUAGAGAGCGAAAGUCCUUUUCCUUAUUAUAUGGAGGCUCCAAGCAACUUGGAAAUCUCGGUGGAUGUUCCUCCUUACCUUCGAGUGCACAAAGACGGCACCCAAGUUGUUCCCGCGGGCCUCGAUUCCGACACCGAUGUUGUUUCCAAAGACAUCCUUAUCGUCCCCGAAACCGGCGUCACAGCCAGGCUCUACCGUCCAAAUUCCACCCCCAAAACCGCCAAGCUCCCUUUACUUCUUUACUUCCACGGCGGCGCCUUCUGCAUCUCCUCCGCCUCCGACCCUCUUUACCACACCUCCCUCAACAACCUCGUCGCCGAGGCCAACGUUGUCGCUCUCUCCGUCAAUUACAGGCUCGCACCAGAGCACCCUCUUCCCACCGCGUACCAAGAUUCCUGGUCCGCGAUACAAUGGGCCGCUUCUAAUGCUAAACACCAUCAAGAAGAUUGGAUCAGGGACAACGUUGAUUUUGACAGAGUCUUCCUAGCAGGGGACAGCGCAGGUGCCAACAUGGGACACUACACGGCCUUGAAGUUGAAUAAUAAUGUUCCAACAAAUGAUGAUUUCGAUUUCAAGGUUGCGGGUCUCAUCAUGGUGAACCCUUAUUUCUGGGGAAAGGAAGCAAUUGGAGUGGAGAUUACGGAUCCGGAGAGGAAGAAGAUGGUGGAUAAGUGGUGGAGUUUUGUUUGUCCUUCGGAUAAAGGGAACGAUGACCCUUUGAUUAACCCUUUUGUGGAGGAGGCUCCGGGUAUUGAAGGGGUUGCUGGCGAUAGGGUUCUUGUUACUGUUGCGGAGAAAGACAUACUGAGGGAAAGGGGGGAGCUUUAUCACAAAAGGUUGAGCAACUGCGGCUGGAAAGGAAUUGCUGAGUUCUACGAGACUCCAGGGGAGGAUCAUGUGUUUCACAUCUUCAACCCUGAUUGCGACAAAGCCAAGAGUUUGAUUAAACGCAUCGCUGAUUUCAUUAAUGAACACUGGAUGCAUUAAUAAAAUUGAACAAUGGUUAGGAAGCCUCUUCUUUUAUUUCACUGUUGGAAAUCCGUAAAACUUGUUUUGCUUCCCUGUUUAUAAUUACUGUCGUGAGCUUUAUUAAUAUACCUGGCUGUGUUGUAUUUUCUAUAAAAUGAAUUUAUUUGUAGGCUUUGUUAA